GUUGCUUGGGAAAACUGAAAAUUGUUGGUCGUAUAAUAUUAUACAUUCAGGCUCUAUAGUAAAAUCUAUGUAGAUCUGUAUAAGGAUAGACAAAUUUAUAUUUAAUCGAGGCACCAAUCAUGGCAGGAUAUCCUAUGGGUGCACAGCCUCAUAUGGGUGGUUUUGGGCAGCCUCAAAUGGGUCAGCAACCUCAAAUGGGUCAGCAACCUCAAAUGGGUCAACAGGGGGGCAUGGGGGGCAUGUCAAUGUCCUUUGGCAUGUCAAUACCAGGUUUCGGGGGUAUGUUCGGUCAGCAGCAGCCACAGCAACAGCUACACCAGAAUGCGUUCACUGUAAAUGCUUGGCAGGCAUUUGGGAUGAAUUCACCAGAUGAUUUCCAGGUGUUGUAUGAGAGAUACAAGUCUAGGACACUAAAUGGCAUCCAAGGAGAAGAACUUCAACGGAUUCUCAACGAGGACCGACAGAUUAAGAACUACUAUAAAACUCAGAGGGGUCCAAUCAACUGGAACCUGGAAUUAUGCAAGAUCCUGAUAGCCAUGUUGGAUAGGAACAAAGAUGGAAUAAUGCAGCUGCCAGAACUAAAUGAAUUGCUACAAUGCCUCAUCCACUGGUGGCAGACAUUCCUCCGCUAUGACACUGAUAGGUCCGGAUUCAUAGAGGCUCAUGAACUGGGAAACAUCAUCAAGAACAGUUUUGGCUAUGCCCUGUCUGUCAAAGCACUUGAAGUCAUCCUGAAAAGGUAUUCUAGAGCCAUGGAUGACAGGAGAUGCCUGGUUGCAUUUGAUGACUUUGUUGCAAUGUCUGUGCGCCUACGUGCCUACACAGAGGCAUUUAGAGCGAGAGACAGGUCCCACCAUCAAAACCAGGAGGUUGGAUCAUAUGAAUUCUCAUAUGAUGAUUUCUUGCAGUGUGUGAUGUGCUUGUGAAGAUUGGACCAGUCUUUAUUCACCAGUUAUAGACAAGAGACAUAUAUUUUCUGGAUUUUGAAGCCCUGUGAUUGGAGGAUGUAGACAAGAGACAAUAACAUGUGUGAUUGUGUGUUAUCCUUAUUCCAUGUAGCAUGCUCCCUGACCUAAUGCGAGAUUAGCCUAUGCUUGUAGCAGUUUUUCACAGGAGUCCAGUCACAACUCUGAAUCUCUUAACAUGAGAUAUACAAUGGAAAGCAGUGAGUCUGAAAUAACAUGUCAACUCAAAACAGGCUAGCUGGAGUUUCAGAGGAAUCACCCUUAUUCAGGAGCCAUUUGAAACUGAUAUUUGUAUACAAUGAAACUGUGAUAUUUCAAUUGUGCAACAUUCCAGGAGGAUGGACUUUAUAAUUGUUUAUAUUAUAUUGUGAAAUAAUUUAUUUAUAUAACAAUAAGAUUGUG